AUGUCCCUCCUCAUCCAUCUCACCCCCCUCCUCAUCCUCAUCCUCCUCUACCGCCUCUGCCCAGCCCACUUCCCCCCGUCAACAACAACUUCCAGGCUCUUCGUCCUCUACACGCUCAUCUGCAACCUCCUCGCCCACCGCACCUCGCCCUGGCCCCUCGUACAGAACCUCGCGCUCCUCGUCCUCGCCCACGGCCUCCUCGCGGCGAUUUACUUUUUGCACUACGUUGCUAAAUUCGCACAGUCCGCGAAGCACGCGCUUUUACCAGUUUAUGCAGAGCUUGCAGAGUCUGUGAGGUUUAGUGUGCGGAAUCUAGCAGCUCAUAUUCAUGCAACUCAGCUCGAUGGGGUCUCCCGGGACAAGGAUGAGAAGGAGGACAGUCUCACUGAUGAUGAGCUCGAGAUGGAUUCUAAGCCUGAGCCUUACAAGUCUUUAGAAACCUUGUCCGACAUUUUUGACAGCCCGACUGUUUGUCCUCAGACCGAGGAAAUAUUACAGCCUCGACAAAGUUGGACAUGCUCUGUGGUCGUCUUCAUUCAAGCGCAACUCCUCCGUCUACAAGAGUUUGUGCAACUUUCCAUACUCUACACACUUCACUUCUACAGCGUAUGUUUACCGUACCUCGAUAUUAUCAUAUCACUCUAUGACGAAGCAAGCUUGACUUUAUACAUCACACGUAUCCGCCUUACCCUCCUCAUCAAGCGCAGUCUUGAACCAUUCCGCCGGAUCUUGUCAAUGUUCAUAGUCCUCGGCAACCUAUACGGCCCCGCCAUCGCCAUUUUCGCCCUGCACUUCAUCCUUUGGGCAAUAUUGCUGUCCUUUGGCGAGUUGCACAAUGAAAAUAUGUAA